AGGAGGGGGAGGUGGAGGUGGAGCUUUACCUGCCCGCACCUGCAGAGAGUUGAGAGGUUGAAGACUGAAGGAAGAAAAACAGGCGAGUCUCAAAGUGAGAGGAAAAUGUUCCGAGGCGCAGAAUCCGUCUGAGUCCGCUGACCUGAACCCACCUGACCCGGACACACCUGGUCCAGGUCCGGUCUGAGUCCACCUGGAUCCACCAGAGUCCAACUCAAGACUUCUCAACUUUUACUUGAAACAGGAAGUGGAGAGCAGGAGGAGCAGACAUGGGCAGUAAGGAGCGUUAUGAUUGGCAGGCUCAGAACGUGAAGGUGAGCGGCGUGGACGACAUGGUGCUGCUGUCCAAAGUCCACGAGGACGCCAUCACUGACAACCUGAAGAAGAGAUACAUGGACGACUACAUCUUCACCUACAUCGGUCCAGUUCUGAUCUCAGUGAACCCGUUCAAACAGCUUCCGUACUUCAGUGAGCGGGAGGUGGAGCUCUACCAGGGGGCGGCGCAGUACGAGAACCCACCCCACAUCUACGCCCUGGCUGACAACGUGUACAGAAACAUGAUGAUUGACAGCGAGAACCAGUGUGUCAUCAUCAGUGGUGAAAGUGGAGCUGGAAAAACAGUUGCAGCCAAAUACAUCAUGAGCUACGUGUCCAAAGUGUCUGGAGGAGGAGAUAAAGUACAGCAUGUUAAAGACAUCAUCCUGCAGUCCAACCCCUUGCUGGAGGCCUUCGGUAACGCCAAGACAGUCCGCAACAACAACUCCAGUAGAUUUGGUAAAUACUUUGAGAUCCAGUUCAGUCGGGGCGGAGCUCCUGAUGGAGGAAAAAUCUCCAACUUCCUGUUGGAGAAAAGUCGAGUUGUUUCACAGAAUCCUGGAGAGAGAAACUUCCACAUCUACUACCAGCUGUUGGGGGGAGCAAGUGGGGAGCAGAGGGAGAACCUCGGGGUCACGACCCCCGACUACUACUGCUACCUCAACCAAUCAGGAACAUUCACAGUGGAGGAUGUGAACGACAAGAAGGAGUUCAACGAUACUCUGGGGGCCAUGUCAGUGGUGGGUCUGUCAGUGGAGGAGCAGGACUCUGUUCUCCAGCUGGUUGCUGGGAUCCUUCAUCUGGGGAACCUGAGCUUCAGGGAGGAGAACAACUACGCUGUGGUCGAGAGUCAAGACUUCCUGGCGUUCCCAUCCUUCCUGUUGGGAAUCCCUCAAGACGGUCUCUGCAGUAAACUGACCAGCAGGGUGAUGGACAGUAAGUGGGGCGGGAAGAGCGAGUCCAUCUCCGUCACCCUGAACACGGAGCAGGCCUGUUUCUCCAGAGACGCCCUGUCCAAGGCUCUGUACGCCCGACUGUUCGAUUUCCUGGUCGACUGCAUCAACAAAGCCAUGAAGAAGAACCAGGAGGAGCUGAACAUCGGAGUCCUUGACAUCUACGGCUUCGAAAUCUUCCAGCAAAACGGCUUCGAACAGUUCUGCAUCAACUUUGUCAACGAGAAGCUGCAGCAGAUUUUUAUUGAGCUCACACUGAAGGCAGAACAGGAUGAAUAUGUUCAGGAGGGAAUCAAAUGGACGCCCAUCGACUAUUUUAACAACAAGGUGGUCUGUGACAUCAUCGAGUCCAAACUGAAUCCUCUUGGGAUCAUGAGCAUCCUGGACGACGUCUGUGCGACGAUGCACGCCAAAGGCGAAGGCGCCGACCAGACGCUGCUGCAGAAGUUGCAGGGACAGAUCGGAUCCCACGAACACUUCAGCAGCUGGAACAGAGGGUUCGUCGUCCAUCACUACGCCGGGAAGGUGUCCUACGAUGUCAAUGGUUUCUGUGAGAGGAACAGAGACGUGCUCUUCAAUGACAUCAUUGAGCUGAUGCAGAGCAGUGAAUUUCCGUUCAUCAGAGCUCUGUUCCCUGAAAACCUGGAAGCGGAGAAGCGAGGGCGUCCGAGCACCGUGACCAGUAAGAUCAAGAAACAAGCCAACAGUCUGGUCCAGACCCUGAUGAAGUGCACGCCUCACUACAUCCGCUGCAUCAAACCCAACGAGACCAAGCGUCCCAGAGACUGGGAGGACAACCGGGUUCGACACCAGGUGGAGUACCUGGGCCUCCGAGAGAACAUCAGAGUCCGCCGGGCGGGAUACGCCUACAGACGGGUCUUCAACAAGUUCCUGCAGAGGUACGCCAUCCUGACCACGGAGACCUGGCCCCGGUGGAGGGGCGAAGAGCGGCAGGGCGUCCUGCACCUGCUCAACUCCGUGAACAUGGACCAGGACCAGUUCCAGCUGGGCAAGUCCAAGGUCUUCAUCAAGGCUCCAGAGUCGCUCUUCCUGCUGGAGGAGAUGAGGGAGAGGAAGUACAACGGUUACGCCCGGGUCAUCCAGAAGGCGUGGCGCAAACACAUCGCCGUCCGCAAGUACGUGAAGAUGAGGGAGGAAGCGUCGGACGUCCUGCUGAACAAGAAGGAGCGACGCAGAAACAGCAUCAACAGGAACUUUGUGGGCGACUACAUUGGGACGGACAACCAUCCCGAGAUCCGACGGUUCGUGGGCCGACGGGAGAGGAUCGACUUCGCAGACGUGGUGCUGAAAUACGACCGAAGGUUCCGGAUGGUGAAGCGAGACCUCAUACUCACCCCAAAGUUCCUCUACCUGAUUGGUCGAGAGAAGGUGAAACAGGGUCCAGAUAAAGGUCAGAUCCAGGAAGUUCUCAAGAGGAAGAUCGAGCUCAACAAGGUCCAGUCUGUUUCCCUGAGCUCUCUGCAGGACGACUUCUUCAUCGUUCAUGAGGAAGAGUACGACAGCGUCCUUCAGAGCGUCUUUAAAACAGAGGUCAUCAGUUUGCUCGUCAAACGUUUUCAGGAGAAGACAGAGAAGAAACUUCCGCUGAAGUUCAACAACCUUCUGGAGUUUAAGGUGAAGAAGGGCGGGUGGGGUCCGUUCAGUUCUGCCGGGUCCAGACAGAUUCAGUUCCAGGGGGGUCAGGGGGACGAGGCGGUCCUGAAGCCCAGUGGGAAGGUGCUGCAGGUCUCCAUCGGCCCAGGUCUGCCCAAGAAUUCACGACCGACGAGGAAGGACAUGCGAAAGAGCCGCUACAUGGGCCACCAGGCCGCGCCUAGCAGCCAGUACGACUCAGCUUCUCGCUCCAGAGGGGGCGGAGCUCCCCGAGGCGGCCCCACCUCCUCUAGAGGCUCCCUGCUGAGGCAGCAGUCCAGCAUGGAGCAGCCCAGUCUUCCCCGCAUCCAGAGCCAGCGCCGCCCCAGCAACCAGCCCCACAAACACCACGACAUGGGCUUCAUGGACGUCCCCGAGGAAGGUGCUGCAGGGCUGCAGCGGCGGCGGUCGAAGGAGGUGAAGCCCCUCCCUGGAGCGGGUAGACCCAAACCUGCUCCCAAACCGAAGCCUCGCUCUCCUCAGUGCAGAGCGCUGUACGCCUACGACGCCCAGGACACCGACGAGCUCAGCUUCAACGCUGAGGAUGUCAUCGAGAUACUGACUGAAGAUCCGUCUGGCUGGUGGUUCGGCCGGUUGCGGGGCAGAGAGGGGAUGUUUCCUGGAAACUAUGUGGAGAAGAUCUAGACCUUGUCGCUGGGGGUCAGAGGUCACCAACCUGCUGUCAUGUCCCAGUGUGAAUUCAGUCUCUGACCGUCGCCCCCUGCAGUCUGCAGUGAAGAAGACGUCACACUGGAACUUUAAUAAAAGAUUAAACAGGUUUACAUGACGGUAACAUGACAGUUUUUUAAGAUUUUUAAUAGACUUGAACAUGAACGUUGUUUAAUCAGCUGAUGCUGGAUCAGCCAAUAAACAGACAUUUCACCACCAACUUGAGUGACACCACAUGUUUUAAUGGGAUUUAACAUGAGAAGGAACAACUACAUUACCCAGAGUUCCAUUCCUCCAGACGGUCGUGCUGCCUUCACUUGCUGAUGGAAAAGUGUUUUUUUUGUUGUGCAGUCCAGUUGACGCAGCAGACGACCCGACAGUGUUUUAACUUUAACACUUUAAAACCAAGUGAAACAAAAUAUGAGAUUUGGAGAUUAAAUUUGUAAUUUGAGGAAGAGUUUAUGUUGCAUUCACCUGAUGUUCCCAUUUCCUGAUGUGGGAAGUCGUUCUUCCAUGUUCUUGUCUUUUAAAACAACACCAUGACUGGAACAUGGUUUUACAUGAUUUGUUCUCAUGGUUGUUGCUACAACAUAUUUCUAAAUAAUUCCUGGACAGACAACUAACAGUUACACCCUGUCACCAUAAUAAAAAUUACAUGUUAGCAAAACAUGAUGCAUACAUUUGCGAUGUUAAUAAAAGUGUUGUUAGAAUCAACCAAACA